CAACCAUCGUGGCAUCGUAUACGUUGUUAGUCGUCGUCGUGCGCGUUAUUAUAUUAAUGUAAUAUUAGCGACUACCGGUGUAGUCUCCCGGCGCUCUAUCGAUUUAUAAAAACGUGUACGUAAUUCAAUAACAUACAUGGUUCUUAUUUUUUUCGUUUAAUCAUCUAUUCACUUCUCGACACUACUCGAACUCUGACUGCAAUCUUCUGCGAGUAUAUUAUACCUAUAUUUAGUAUAUAUGAUCCAUUUAUUGAAGGUACCUAUAUCAGAUACCCGUUGGCCGGCGGAGAAUUGCAUCUAGGUAAAUACGUAUUAUAAUAAUGCAUCAAACGAUGUCGUAUUCAAAUGCCGCGGUUCUGUUUACGUUCCUGUGGGCAACGAUCUCAUGCCUGUGCUACAACACUGACUGUGAUUUCACUGAAAGUUACGAUGAGGUCAUCACAGUUAGUAUCAACGAACCGGUGCAAGUAACCAAGUACAAAUGGUGCUUGGACAUACCACCAAGAUGUCCAGACAACAAACGAGAAUUCAGGACAGUACGCAGGAACGUUUCAGUACCUAAAAUGCGUAAGGUGAAGAGAUGUUGUGAGGAUCAAAUCCAGCUGUACGAUAAUUGUGUCCCUAGAUGUGCUGAAGACCAGUGUCCAAAUAUUCAAUGUGCACCAGGUACUGACAGAUGCAAAUGCAAGUCUGGAUACAUAGGUCAUUUAUGUAAACAAAGAUGUGAUAUUGGGCGCUGGGGCUUGAACUGCGCGAAUGUCUGCGACAAGGCGUGCCCGGACUGCGACCACCGGACCGGAUGCUGUAAGACGGCUGCUACCGGAUUGUCGAUUUUCUGCGGCGGCGGCACCGGUCGGCUGCCGGCCCGACAGACAGUAGCUGUCGGCAGCAGCAACGGUACCGUACGCAAAACCAACGACGGCCGCAACUGCACGUCGGAACGCAAAACCGACGAAGUGGUGGCGGCGGUGGACCGUUCGAGUUCGACGCGAUUCCGGAUGUUGAGUACCACCAUACGACUCCAGACGGCUACGUGGGAACCCACGGCUGUGGACGAAGUGAACGAGACGAAAAUCGAAAGCACCGCGGGGAAACAGCCGGCGACUGAGACGACGUUCACUCCGCUGGAAGCGACGGCUUUGAAGUACGACGAGCUGGUGACGAGGCUCGUGUGGAUAUUCGCCAUGACCGUGGUGGCCAUCGCCAUGCUGUUCGUCAUCAUGUUCGUGGUGUUCUUCAACUGUUAUGGGGCGUCCAAAUCGGAAAACGCCAACACCGCUGCCACCCGAAACCCGUGGCCGCAGCAGAGCACCGACAAAGUCCGUGAAACAUGUAUCACAUCACAAAACCUAUGUCAUGUGCCUCCAGAUAGAUACACAAAAACUCCUACACUAUAUGCGUCUACCAAUGUUGAUUUACCAAUUCAUCCAGAAAUAUUUUGUCCAGUUUUCUCAGCACCUCAUUACACAGGUGGAUCGUCACUGUAUGAUUCUCCACAACCAUUGUAUGAAAUUUUAUGUUGAGCAACAUUAUCAAUAUACAUAACAUUAUGGUUCAUAAUUUAUUUCUAAGAAUUAUAAAUAAGAAAGUAGUAUCCUAUUAUAGUGUAAUAAAACAUUACAUUAAAGAUUUGUUAAUUAUUCAUACUAUUUUUAAUUUGAAAAUUACUACCUAGGUAUUAUGUUAUACCUCAUGCCUAACACAGUGGAAAAAAUGCUACCCAUAGAUUUCAUUUAAAAUAAUUUAUGUAACACACAAAAUGUUAUACCUAUUUAUUAUUUACUUUAUUACCCAUAUAAAAGGUUACAUCAAUGUUAUAACUUAUAAUAAUAACCAAAUUAGGUGGUUUA